CCUCUGACAUCUGUGACCUCCCAGUACGACCCAGUGAGUGCUGAUUGGCUGGGCAUGCCCCCCAUCCCCUCACCCCGUUUCCUGUUCGGCCUGGCUGAGGCGGAGAACAGCAUCUUCAUGGUGGGAGGGAAGGAGCUGAAGGAGCAGGAGUCCAGUACACUGGACUCAGUGCUGGUCUAUGACAGACAGUCUUUUAAAUGGGGCGAGUCUGACCCCAUACCGUACCCCGUCUACGGCCACGCUACUGUGUCUCACAACGGUCUUAUCUAUGUGAUCGGAGGAAAAUCGGAUAGCAAGAAGGUGACGAAGAGGAUGUGUGUGUACUGUGCACAGCGGUUUGAGUGGAAGGAGCUGGCUCCGAUGCAGCUGGCCCGCUCUCUGUUUGGAGCCACCAUCCAUAAAGACAAGAUAUAUGUAGCAGCAGGCGUCACAGACACCGGCCUGACAGACACCAUUGAGGUCUACGACAUCAACACCAACAAGUGGUCAGACUUUGUGGAGUUCCCUCAGGGUCGUAGCUCACUCAGUCUGGCAUCGGUGGCCGGGGGUCUCUACGCUGUUGGAGGCUUCGCCAUGAUGCCCAGCCAGGACAAGGAUGAACUCCUCCCCAAGGAGAUGAAUGACAUCUGGAG